AUGGCUGCUGGAGCUGCUGCUGCUGCUCUGGGCGAAGUUGGAGGCGUCCUGCACGGCAUCGACGGUGUGGCGCACGUCGGGUCCCAUUUCUUUCUGACCCCACUCGGAGAGAGUCCCACGCUGCUGGGGGAGCACCUCAUACCUGGGGACAGGCUCUCCAGGAGCACCACGGCGGAUUUAACGCACCUCAAAGGGAUCCUGAGGAGGAGACAGUUGUACUGCAGAACUGGGUUUCACCUGGAAAUACUUCCAGAUGGCACCGUGCAGGGGACGAGGAAGGACCACAGCCGAUUUGGUAUUUUGGAAUUCAUAAGUCUUGCUGUGGGUCUGAUCAGCAUCAGAGGGGUGGACAGUGGACUCUAUCUGGGCAUGAAUGACAAAGGAGAGCUGUAUGGUUCUGAGAAGCUCACGGCCGAAUGUGUCUUCAGGGAGCAGUUUGAGGAGAACUGGUACAACACAUACUCGUCCAACCUCUACAAACACGGGGACAAAGGGACGCGUUACUUUGUGGCAUUGAAUAAAGACGGGACGCCAAGGGACGGGACUAAAUCCAGGCGGCACCAGAAGUUCACACACUUUCUGCCCCGGCCUGUGGACCCCGACCGGGUGCCAGAACUGUACAGGGAUAUUCUGGGACACAGCUGA